AGUAUUGUCGCGCCUCUGUCCACGACACACCCAUCGCUAUUGUUGAUGCUGACUGAGUCUGACAGCCUCAACCUUCCUUAGCGUGCGCUGAGAGCCGCUCGCGGUACAAUAUUUAUCACGGAGCGACUGAAGAAGCAGGCUGCUGUUUCCACGGACACAGGCGGACUGGACAGCAACGGAUACAGUUUUUUUUUUACAUAGAAAGCAAAAGUAACCACGGAAUCAAGACGAUGGAGAGAGCAGGUUAACCCAUGUUAACGUUUACCAGGUCAGAGUUCCAUGCGGAAAGCAAUCCACAUGGAAGCAUAGUUCCGUCCACAAAUGAUAUCCACCUGCGCUGUCUCCGGCUUCUGCACCACAUAGGUCAGCUUUGGGCAAAUGACAGAGGCGGUCGCGUCGUUGGAGUGUUUUCUUCGGAGCAUCGCUGUCAAUGAGCAGGAAUGGUUAGUUACCGGAGAAACCGAUGUUGAAAAGACGUUCUGUUCCCCCGACUGUGCGCAAAUACAGCUCGAAUGAUUGAAACAUGGAGAAACAGGCUCUUGUAACAGCGGUCAGCCUGUCCAUGAGCCUUUUGUCGUUAAUGCUUCUCAUUACAGCGAUCUUCACUGACCAUUGGUACGAGACCGACACCAGGAGGCACAAGGAGAACUGCGACCUGUAUGGGACGGAUUCCAAUGGUCAGAAAAACAGGGAGAUGCCGAUUUAUCACCUGCCUCUCGUGGACAACAACAAUCCACGACGGAGCCUUGCUCUGAUGAAGCCAAUACACGUCGGGAGUAGGGAAGAGGAACUCCUGGAGAACUGGAGGUCAAUUUUAGGGAUGGGAAUUUUGGAGACGGAAUGUGGGCGUCCACUUUUCUCCACCUAUUCAGGACUCUGGAGAAAAUGCUAUUUCCUCGGCAUGGAUGAGGAUAUUGAUAAACUCAUUUUGAAGGGUAUUGCGCAGAGAUGCACUACUGUGAAGUAUCAUUUCUCCCAGCCUAUUCGGCUCAGGAACAUCCCACUCAACCUGACCAGGACAAUUCAGCAGGAUGAAUGGCACCUUUUGCAUCUGCGCAGAAUCACAGCUGGGUUCCUGGGAAUGGCAGCCGCGGUCCUGUUGUGCGGUUCCAUCGUGGCCACUGUCAGCUUCUUUUGGGAGGAGAACCUGACCCAGCAUGUGUCUGGCCUGCUCUUUCUCAUGGCAGGGAUCUUUUGCACCAUCUCCCUGUGUACCUAUGCGGCCAGCGUUUCCUAUGACCUGUCCAGGAACCCACCCUUCAUCUACGGGCUGCCCAGUGACGUGGAGCAUGGAUAUAGCUGGUCCAUGUUCUGCGCCUGGGUGAGCCUGGGGCUGACGGUGGCGUCUGGCUGCCUGUGCACCACCUACCCCUUCAUCAGCCGGGCCAAAGCCCUGCAGUCCAAGACGGCCCCCGACUCCUCGGUGUGAGCAGGAGCCCCUGGACUGGACCCCCUCCUCGGGGGCUGACGCGGGCGACUGGCUGGCAGGCACGAGAGUGCCAGAAGCUCAGUUCAUCCGUAGUGUUCGUUUUCUCUUUUGGUUUUUCAAUCCGGUUGGAUUUGUGGUGCUUCACUGAGAAGCUGGACGCCACGCUCUGAGUCGUCACCCUGCAGGUAUUUGUAGCCUCUCAUCUGUGUUGCGGCGUCGUGCAACGUGCCGGUGUGACUAUGUACAGUUCGUUCUUUAUGCAUUUAGUGUAUAUACACACAGGCACAUAUAUACAUAUAUAUAGCAUCUGCAUAAUAUGACCGUUUAUAUAAAAAAAACAAAACAAAACAGAGAUCAAAACGGUGUAUGUGAAUAUUUGUGACUGUUACCUCUUUUUAUCCCCAUGUGCAUCCUCUGGGCCGUGACGAUGCUCUGAGGAGAAGCGAUCUUUUAAAUUUCUUUCUUUAUCAUCGAACACACGUUUAAACCUGGCAUGACCAUGAACACCCCUGGUGGAAUCAUAGCUGUUGUGCGAGAGAGUGAUCUCUUCUUUAAGUGCAUCAAGCAAAUGGUGUGGAAUGAAGUGGUAGUUGCUGUUUGAGAUUCUCAAUUCUCUCUCCUCACUCUGUUCUAAAGGGCUCGGUUAGUCAUUGCUAGGGCACAUGGUGAAGGCAGGGCUGAGACUGGAGACAGCCUUCCUGAAAUGGAAAUUAUAGCCAUGCCCUGUAUCUGCUGAAAUGACAGCCACCAGUUGUAUUCAUAAACGGAGCCCUAAUGGCAUAUCGUGCCACCUGUUUUGAAUGGGCAAGAAGCAGAACACAGAGGAGACGGGGAUACUGCGAGUUCGAGAUGCAGAAGUGAAUGAAUGUCAUGAAUGCCCUCAAGUAUAAGUGAUGCUUGGUGUGUGGAGCACAUUAGUGGCAAUGGUGGGAAAUACCAGGAUGUCAGGCAUUGCUCAACACGCCUGCAUCAGUGAUGUCCACUCUGAGGAGCAGUGUGUAUGUACACACUGGUCUCAGCUGAUCCCCUGUAGCUGCAACUUUUGCUGAGGCUGUGCUCUUGGGUGGAUCACUCCCAGUGGCGCUACGGUGACAAGGACACAAGGAUAUGGGAGAGGUGCAGUUUCUUCUCUUCGCUGACC